AUGUCUGAAGAUACUAUUCUCACUUCGCCAAUAUCGCAACAUGCAAAGGCACACAAUAAGACCUUUAAUUCAAAGGGUAAGAAGAAGCGAACUGGAAAACCUCCAAAAACUUUCUCUGACAAAAUUUCAUUAUCAUGGUCUGAUUUCCAAAAUCAAUCAGGCUUUGGUCCAAUGUCUAUCGCUAUUACUGAAAUUGAUACUAUUGAACAUUUCCAAUUAGACGAUACUUUUCCUUUUAGGAUUAGUAAACCAUUCAGCCAGAUUAUUGUGACUAGUUCCUCGACGGAAUUAGAAGAAAGACGCCACGGAACAAUAGGAUGCUUCUUGGUUUAUAUGGCAUUUAUCAAAUUUGCAAAACAGCUCUGGUCUACUUAUAGUGGUGAACCGAAAACUAAUAACUUUAGAUAUAAUGUUAUUCGGUCAAUAGGAACACAAUUGCCCAGGUCCUUAGACGCAGUACUCUCCGAUUUUGAAAACUCCGAUAUUAAGCUUGGUAAAGCUAAAGUCAAGUGGCCCAUGACUACACUUAGAACCCUGUUGCUCAAUGCAAAACGAUUUGCAGCUUUAGCCAAAUCUCCUACCCCAUUUUUUGAUGAUGAAAAAGCUUUGAAGAAUUUAUUUUGGGAUGACCGUGAAGGUCGUGACAAAUUGGAUUUUCAUAUUAAGAGAUAUAUGAGUCCAAUUAAUUCUGAGAAAUACUCUAAUACUGCUGUUGUUAAUGGAACAGAAGUUAAGAGCCUAUUCUUCAUUCCACCUUUACGCAAAGACUGGACUGAUGAUGAGCUUACGGCUUAUUUUCCUUCAUGGUACCUUGACAAAGACCCAAUCCAUGUGUCGGUGUUAAAUCUUUUUAGAUUAUAUUCUGAAAUUAUUCCACUUAAUGAAGAUUCACAAGAAUUAUUCAAUUUAGUUGGUUUAACUCUCAGAUCUGAAACAGAUCAAGCUAUCUGUAAUGAAAUAGACUACGAACAUGACAUUAAUAAAUAUCUUCGUGUUUUGAAUUUAUUUUUUGAAAUAAGUUCAAGUCCUGGUACAGGAACGGGUUAUGCGCCAUGA